UUUACUGAGCAGGAGAACAGCCCGACAGCCUGCAGCCCGACGCCGCUCCUCUCCGCUCCUUCUCCCGCUAAACCGUGUCCGUGUGUCCGAGCUGCGGGUCUCCGCUCAGCGCAUGUCUGCAGCUCUGUAGCCCCCCUCUCACCUGAGCCUCUCCAAACUGGAUUCCCGGAGCUCCUCGCCAUGCCUGCCCGGGUUUAGAUUCUCCAUGGAGCUCUCUAACCUGUACGAGGUCGCGCCCCGACCCCUGAUGAGCAGCCUGACCCACGGCCAGCAGCCCUCCUCCGGCUACAGAGACCCGGCAGACCUCGGCGGUGAGAUCGGAGACAGCGAGACCUCCAUCGACCUGAGCGCCUACAUCGACCCGUCGGCGUUCAACGACGACUUCCUGGCCGACCUGUUCCACCACAGCUCCCGGCAGGACAAGCUCAAGAUCAUGAACGGGGAGUACGACUCGGUUCCGUGCGGCCCGGGGCCCCAGCAGCUCUACAUGUCCAACUACAUGGAGUCCAAGCUGGAGCCGCUCUACGAGCACAACCCGCCGCGCCUGCGCCCGGUGGCCAUCAAGCAGGAGCCGCGGGACGACGAGGACCCGAGCCCCGGCCUGCCGCCCAUCUACCACCACCCGCACCCGCACCCGCACUCCCAGCAGUACGCGCAGCAUCCGCAGCAGCAGCAGCCGCAGAUGCCGCACCUCCAGUACCAGAUUGCGCACUGCGCGCAGACCACCAUGCACCUCCAGCCGGGACACCCGACGCCCCCGCCGACCCCGGUGCCCAGCCCGCACCAGCACCACCACCAGCACCCGCACCAGCACCCGCAGCAGGGCGGCAUGAAGCUGCUGGACCCGCAGCGGAGCGGCGGGAAGCCCAAGAAGCACGUGGACAAGAGCAGCCCGGAGUACCGGCUGCGGCGGGAGCGCAACAACGUGGCCGUGCGCAAGAGCAGGGACAAGGCCAAGAUGCGCAACAUGGAGACGCAGCAGAAGGUGGUGGAGCUGACGACCGACAACGACAGACUGCGGCGGCGGGUGGAGCACCUGACCCGAGAGCUGGACACGUUACGGGGCAUCUUCAGGCAGCUGCCCGACGGAUCCUUCAAACCUCUGGGCAGCUGAGAGCCGCCGAGCCGCUGCAGCCGGACGCAGCUGGAUUUACGCACCGAGGCAGCUGCUGUUCACUGCAAAAACACGAGGCUGAACGUGUCCACACUGAAAACUGCACAACUGGCGACAUGUGAGCCCAACAGGCGGACUUUAUCUCUUUACAAACUGGAAACUCAUUUCAGGAUUUUCCCUCUGAGACUGGAAGCAGCUGAACUCAGAUCAGCUGCCGGAGCCGCGUUCAGUUUUCUGUUUUUGCAGUGUUCGUGUGCCUUUGAACUGUUGUGCAGAAUAAGCUGGUUCCACAGCGGACUGAUAGAUUUGUGCCUUAUUCCCGAACAGACAUAUCAGAGCAGCUAAGGUAGGGCACGGUGAGCGCGCACGGUGAGCGCGCACCAGCCUGUUGUGCAUGUUUCUUCAUUAUUUGUGUUUUAUACAGUUAGAGUCUCUUAUAAAGCGCUUCGUGGCUUCAUCUGUGUUUGUUUCUUGCUGGAUUCCUGCAGUUUGUCCUGUGAGAGGCGCAGGGCUGCAACAACACAACUCCACCUGCUACCUGUCACACAGAACCAUUCCAACAACAAACACGGUGUCAUUUUCUGCUAAAUCUCAACUACUUGUCCUGUUUGUGCUCUAAAACAUGAACCUGCUGUUUGUGCAACCAGCCCACCUGGAGCUCCACUUAUUCUGGCCGAAGGACUCAAAUUUGACUCAACUAAUCUGAAAAGUUUUGAAUCUUGACACCAAAAUGAUGUAAUUUUUAGCCAAAUCCCAGCUGCUCCAGGUUCUUCCCUCUGAAGAGUGAAAUGUGACAUAAACGAUCUGAUGUGACACAAAAACGCAGCUUUUAGACAAAACCUUCAUUUUCUAAGAGCUGAUGAAACAGAUUUUCCUGAAGUGCAGCCCUGCCUCUGCUGAUUUCAUGCCAAAGUGAAAUAUAAAGUGUGUAUGAAAAAUGCGAAGACUGGAAUCUAACCUGUGGUACCUGCUGCUGCGGCGGCCGGCAGCGGCCUCCGCUGAGGCCCGACCAGCUCUGGAUGCACUAAACGAUGGGUUCUGAUAUCUGACAGAAAACUCUGUGUGCACAUACGUGUUGCUGAAAACAGAAUGUGAACAGGGUCUCUAUGCAACGUGUCUCUUCCUCUUCGCCGCCGUCGACUCGUGGUGCCUUCUGAUCUGACCUUUGACCUCUGGCCAGCUGUUUGAGUCAGCAGGAAGAAGGAAGCACUUUGCUGUUGUUGUUUUUUAUUUUUACAAACUCUGAUGUUGUUCCAAACUUUACGUCUCAAUUGUAAAAUAAGCCUAUAUAUAAAUAUAUAUGAAUAAAUAUAUAUAUAAAAUACCAAAAAAUCUGAAGUAUUAUAAUAAAAGAAGCUUGUUUUAACAGAA